UGGCCUCUCGGGCGCCCCUCGGCCCGGACUCGCCCCGGCCUGGGCCCUGGGCGUUGCCACCGGCCGCCGCCGCCGGCGGCGGUAUAACCUCCUCCACAAUACGCCGCCGGGCCUGGGCGCUUAUAUGGCGAUGCUGCGAACCGAUAUGCGAUAUGAUCGACUUGGCCGUCACUGCGCUGCAAUGCUCGCGGCAAAUCGCGAUCCGGAACGUGGGCAAUGGUUUGAAAAUCUCGUUGAACGUUGCCAUGGUUCGCCGCUCGCCCCUCCGCGCCCCCUUCUCUCUGGCUAUUUCCUCUUCCUCUAUAUUGUCGAUGUUCGGCCUGGCUGGUGGCUGGUGGGCCUGCAACCUGAUUGUGUGAACAAAAACUUCGAUGUUGUAAAUUGCUUGUUUUCGAUAACUCCUGCCUCUCUUGUGGCCACCCUGGGCACUCCUUGGCCGCGUUAUGCCGAGUCGGUAGCGCAAGUAGUCGUAGAGAAAAUAGUUAGUAGAGGAAGUAUACAGGAAGUGGCACCGUGAAGAAAUAGUCUCAAGAGGCAAGUAGUAAUAGAGGAUAGGUUUGGCAAACUAGGAGA